AUGCAUCAACAUCCACGGUCACCAGCGCCGUCUUUGGUGCCAAACAUCCCCAGAACUACAGCUCGAGACGGAGACGACACUGCCCCGAGCUCCCCAACCGUCGAUACCGGGUCCCAUUCAGCACGAGGAUUAGGGAUAGAAGCUGGACCACAACCUGCUGAACAGGCAAGGAAUGCAGCACUGGGGAAGGAGGCCCUGACCCGGCUAAACCAAAUCAUAUCGAAUUACCACACAAAAGCCGCUUUAAUCAUUCUGCACUCUCGUGUUACACUGCCUCCUUCCUAUAACAAGGGCUCCGAGUCCCCGAGGGUUAACCGUUGGUUUAAUGUCGAACUGGAUGACACAGAUAUUCUCCGAGAACCUCUGCGACCAUGGCGAACCUGCGAUGCCACCGACCACCGACCACCGCCCCUCAUUAUCGAAACAUACCUAGACACGAAGGGCCUCACAAACAACCAGAGCCUGGUGAUUUUGGACGAAAAUGGCAAGCGAUGGGAUGUGCGGGAGUCGUUGGCGGCUCUACAGGGCGCCCGUGCCAAGCCGUACCAGGCCGAUAACGAUGAGAUCGUUUUGGAGCGGUGGAGAAUUGAGCUGGGAGAGGUGUCAGGCAGGCUUCCGUCCGAUCUGGGCUCUAUCCUGCCGACGGUGUAUAAGAAGAGCAUUGUGCUCUUCCGGUCUUUGUCCACAUACUCCAAGUUUUUGCCUGCGUGGAGAUUCUCCAAGCGCAACAAGAAGCUGCGAAGGAGUCCAGCCCUGGAAAUCAAGUAUCGGGUGGUGGAUGCGAGCUUCUCGGAUCAAAAUGCCUCUUUGGAUCACUUGACGGCGCCGCUCAGUGAGGGGAGCGAGAAGGUAGUCGACACAUACAGUUUUGGGAUCACAGAGUCACCCGCAGGUCCGUUUUCAGUCCAAGUCACGUAUAGGACGAACUGCGACUUCCGCGUGGAUGAUUCGGAAGCUUUGUUGAGCUCUCGGUUCAUGGGCGCGGACGACGAGAUCUUCCGUCCCUCCUUGCCUUCAGAGGAUAUCAGCCGCUUAAAUCCAGAAGUUGGAUCUGUUCCCGUGGAACGAAGGGCCGUUGAGAAUCCAGAUCUGACGCGUGCGUACGGAAGUCUCUCGACCUUUCACCAAGUCGGUGCAGGUACAGGGGCAAGCCCAAUCUCAGCACUUCGCGCCCUUAGAGACUCAGGCGCAGGCUCUCCAUCGCCAAAGGAAUCAGACAAGAAACUCCUCCCACCUGCCAAAGUCAUUCCUUCAGGACGUGCUGCUCAGCUGGCUGGCGAAACUGGAAGUCCAAAUGUCCAUCGUCGCCCAUCUGUAUCUUUCCAACCUUUCAAAGCUCCUCCUUUAUCUGCUUCUCCGGCCGUGGGUGACUCCCCUUUAGCGGCAUCUCCUCGCAAUGCUUCUGCCCGUAUUCUCACAGGCACAUCUGCGGAUUCACGCUUCAUGCCACCCCCGUCCUCUGCUGCAUCCGCACGCAGGCCCACUAUUAUCGCAUCUGAACAAGCUAUAUCAUCAUCUAAUUCAGCGUCCCCCAAACCAGCUCCUCUUUCCCGAUACAGCAGUUCCUUCAGUCACCGACGAGGCCGCUUAUCUGCUGGGGCGAACCGACUCGAAGAUGACAACAUCUCGAGUGGUCGGGUGAGCACUGCAUCAUCCACCGCACAGCCCGGGUCUGGCCUGCUUACAGAAGUCACUGGGACGAGUGCGGAAUCUAUUCACGCAGAUGACGAGAAUAUUUCUGAUUUCCUGAAGAUGUUGGAUUCCAAGAAGGAUCUCAUGAACUCAUCUACCUCUGCAUCUAUCCAGACCGGAAUACGACAGCCUACAUCCACGGCAGCAGCUCUUGCUCGCUUCCGCGGUAUGCGAGACUCUAAUGCUGCUCUUUCCGACUCCAUGACACAAUCUAUGCAUGUGAAUCGAUCAUCAAUGUCUUCGAGUAAGCAACUCUCUGGGGUCCCACCCAUGGUUGCAGGCACGUCGAUCUCAACGGCCUCUUCUCCCGGAAAACCUAUAUCCCCUCACACACCUCACACGCCAGCAAUACGCUCCCGCCUCAGCUCAAACAGCGUUGCGGAUGACAUUGAAACAGACCAUCGUUCGAGGAUUCCUCGUAUCGAGCAUGACUCGCCUUUAGAAGAACAACCUGGCAUGGAAAUAUCACGCGGAGCUUCCUCCACCGCAGGCGCUAUUGACAUUCCCACUUCCCCACGAAUAUUCGAUCCCGCAUAUCGACGCUCAAGCUCUGCGGCACAGCGCCGACCCACUGUCCCAAGCGGCGACGACGAUGAGAUCUUCCCAUUCGGCAUGCGCAGCCUGAGUCUCGGCGCCGACGAAACCUCAACUACUACCCUCGGCGUCGCACAGCAGCAAGCAGCGAGAAAGAAUCAGCAAUCGUCCGCCGAAGACCCUACCGGUACAUCGGUUUCUGCAACGGGCGCGUACCGCGAAAGUGGCUCUCUCCGCAGCCAAAUGGCCGGAGUGGCGGGCGCAUCUGCAUCCUCUAAUCCUCACUUGUACCAACCCCGAUUCGCCAGCUCGCGCGGUCGCGGCUACUCAGGUGGACAUUCUGUCAGCUCCGCGUCCAGCAGUCUAGCCCGGAAUGUCAACCUCCCACCGCACCUUGCAGAGCGCGAUGACCGCGACGGGAAUGUCAGCGGAAGUAAUAGCGGCAACUCGACACUCGAGAUCCGUCGUGGAAGUGGCCAGCGACCAAGCUCAGGUCGAACGCUUUCGGCUCAAGCCCCGGAAGACGACGAGCCGCUUCUCUUCGCAAUGAGUGACUUCGGUGCUUCCCGUCGUAGUCUCGAAGAGGGCAGACAUACCCAUGGCGGAACAGACUCUACGGGUGGGUCGAGGCGUGGCAGUGGACGACGGGGAGCUGGGCUCCCUGGGUUCCAUGCUUGGUCCUAA